AUAAAAAAAUAAAAAAGAUUCCAUAUAUCGCAUCGCUGGCUGGCAUAUGUGGUUGCAUACGUGCACCCAGCCCAUUCUUGCACGGAUUAUUCUUCUUCCUCGCAAUUUCCAGCUGUUCUCUCUCUCUCUCUGUAUCUAUUUUAUAUAUAAAAAAGUAACCACUUUGCUUUCUCUAUUGCUCUCUCUAAUCGUGGGCGCAAAGAAAGAAAGAAAGAGAUUUCAGCCUUUCAAUUAAUACAACGAAAGGAAGGACCCAUGGAUCCAUGUCCUUUCGUGCGACUCGUAGUCGGGAGUCUAGCUUUGAAGUUUUCCGGUAAUCCUCCUCUGCCCUCGACGACCUAUUACUGCAAGAUCAAACUCAACAACUCACCAACACAGAUCGCAGAUGUCCCCUAUUGCCCCGAUAAUACUACACAAGUAAGCGAUCAGGUUCAAACCUGCUUCAGUUUCAAAAAGUCAGAAUUCGAAAAGCUAUCCAACGGGUGCUUGAAGAUCGAAGUUUAUUCGGGUAGGAGCGGAAACCCGAUUUGUGGUGUCGGAUCUGGUAAGCUUCUCGGGGUUGUAUCAGUCGCUUUGGACUCAGACGAUAACUGGGUGCUUCAGAACGGCUGGGUGGGUCUCGGUGAUAAGAAGAAAUCGGUUCAGUUGCAUUUGAACGUGUGGGUUGAACCCGACCCGAGAUUUGUCUUCGAGUUUGAAGAUGAACCCGAGUGUAGCCCACAAGUUUUUCAAGUCAACGGGAACGUCCGUCAAGCAGUUUUUAGUUGCAAAUUCAGUUUCAGAGACAGCAAUGAAGCAGCAAAGUGGACCAAAGAUAAAGUAAAACCGGUGAAAGAGCGGAAAGGAUGGUCGAUUACUAUCCAUGAUCUGUCCGGUUCACCGGUAGCCAUGGCUUCCAUGGUGACACCGUUUGUCCCGUCAAACGGGUCAGACGAUGUCCGCCGGUCGAACCCGGGCGCAUGGCUCAUACUUCGACCGGGUCACAACACAUGGAAGCCGUGGGGCCGGUUGGAGGCGUGGAGGGAGUCUACCAACUUGGGCUACCGGUUUGAGGUGCUACCAGACGCCGGGAUUGAGGCGAUAACAUUAUCCAGCUCCACCAUCAGUUCGAAACAUGGUGGGAAAUUCACCAUAGACAUUGGGAACGGGUGGGGUUCGCCGAUGACGACCCCAAGCGGGAGUUUUGACUCCUCCGGGUCGGAAGACAUAUGGAUGUACCAGGGGGGGUUUGUGAUGUCGUCGAAGGUGGGUGGAAGGCCGGAGGUGGAGAUCGGGGUUCAGCACGUGACGUGCACGGAGGAUGCUGCAGCUUUUGUGGCUUUGGCUGCGGCGGUGGAUUUGAGUGUAGAUGCCUGCCAGCCGUUUUCUAGGAAGCUCCGGAAGGAGCUCAGGCAAUAGUCACCGGCACCGGAGUUGAAUAAUAUUAUUAUUAUUAUUAUUAUUAUUUUGCAAGUUGGGUUGAGGAUCUUUUUUAAUUUUUAAUUUCCAAAGCGCAGAGUGUACAGUGAGAUUGCUUGCUUGAUGAGGGAGGGGUUUUUGUUUCUUUUUUUUAUUAUUAUUCUGCCUGCAUGUACAGUUGUUUAUUAUGAUUUGGAUCGAAUCCUAUUUAUUAGUUGUAGUUUUCCAUA